AUGAAGAAGCUUGGUGAACUUGGAACUUUCCUUGGUCUACAAAUCGAAAAUUUCGAUAAAGGGUUGUUUGUAUCGCAGAUCAACUACGCAAAGAAGUUGGUAGAAAAUUUUGGUAUGACUGAUGGAAAAAAGAGCUAUACUCCUCUCGACGUAAAUCCUAGACUUAGUCGAGACGAAGGAACAUGUCUACCAAAUCCUCAUCCUUAUCGUGCUCUUGUGGGAAGUUUGAUUUAUCUGACUAUAACAAGGCCUGACAUUGCUUAUGCAGUUGGAGUGAUGUUGACUUUGCUGGAGAUCAAGACGAUCGAAGGUCCACAUCUGGGUUUGUUUUUCUUUGUGGAAACACUAGCAUAUCUUGGAGUAGUAGGAAAUAAGGACUGGUAUCCUUGUCUACAAAAGAAGCGGAAUACAAAGCAUCAACUCACGCAGCACAAGAGUGCAUAUGGCAUCGUAGACUUUGGGAAGAUUUUCAUGUCAAGUUUGAUCAUCCAGUUCCUAUACAUGGAGAUAAUUUGA